AUGUCCUCUCCAAAGACACCACCAAGGCCUCGAACGCCUGAGAGGCGGGAGGAUCCAGCAGUCGGGCCUGAAGAUGGUCCAAUCGAACCAGUUAGCCACUACUUCAGCCCCAUGCAUAGGGACACCGAUUCUGACUCUUCAUAUUCAAAGUCAACUGGGGUCACUGACACCGAAUCGCUCAAAUCCUCUAUUAUGGAAUACAAAUGGGUUCAUGGUAGACGAUUUCAUGCAUAUGGUGACGGUACUUACUGGGGUGCCAACGACGACCGUCAGCAAGAAGCCGAAGAUUUGAUUCAUGAAUUGUUCCGAAUCGUCCUUGGCGGUAAGCUCUACCAAUCGCCUAUUGGCGAGAAUGUACAAAAUGUUUUGGAUGUUGGCUGUGGCACAGGCAUCUGGGCCAUUGAUAUGGCAGACCUUCACCCCUCUGCCGAGGUCGUCGGAGUCGAUCUCUCACCAAUCCAGCCUAACUUCGUUCCUUUUAACUGUAGAUUCGAAGUUGACGAUAUCACCAAAGAGUGGACAUACCCGGAGAAUAAAUUCGACUUUAUCCACAUCCGAUACAUGACAGGCACAGUUCCAAACUGGACUGAGCUCCUUCAAAAGGCCCAAAGAUAUCUGAAGCCUGGCGGCUGGAUCGAACAUGUCGAACUCUGGGGCAACGCAAUGGCGGACGACGGAACCAUGGCUGAAGACUCCCCACUAAAGACAUGGGUUCAAGUGUUCGAACAAAUCGGAGAAAAGAUUGGUAACCCGUUCUUCUGGGACCCGGUCGAGGCAUUCCAGGAAGCUGGUUUGCAAAACAUAAGCGAGCGAAAGGUCAAGGUGCCUAUUGGUACUUGGCCUAAGAACAAGGAUCUCAAGCAGUGGGGCGCCUGGAACCGACAGUUCUUGCUGCAAGGCCUGGAAGGGUUUUCUAUUCGCGGCUUGACAGAGCUCUUGGGGUGGGAAUAUGAAAAGGCACAAGUCUUUCUUGUGGAUAUGCGCAAGGAGAUAUUGAACUCUAGUCUCCAUUCAUAUGUCUUAGUAACAGCUGUUUGGGGUCAAAAGCCCCUUGAAUAG